AUGACCUUCAAAGUUGGCGACAAAGUGGCCGUCUACGGCUACCCUGCCACUGUCAAGUUCGUGGGCACUUUCCCCCCCCCCAGGGGCCCCGGGGGGGCCCCCGGGGGCCCCCCGGGGGGCCCCCCGGGGGGCCCCCACGGCCAGCUUUCCGGGCCAGUUGUUGGAGUUGAAUUCCUCAAGAGGGGCCCCGGGGACUGCGACGGUUCUUACCACUCCCGCAGGUACUUCCACUGCGCCCCGGGCAAGGGGCGCUUCGUCCGCGCCUUCUCUGUCAAGCCCUUCAGCGAGGAAACCUGCGCAGCCACGCGCAUUCAAACUUCUUUCCGCCGCUACAGAGCGGCGGAAACUUUUCAAGAAUUGGCUGCUUUUCGUUUUUGGAAUGAACUGGAUCAUUUCGAAGAGAAAGACGCUCUUGUUAACAACAGGCGAGUUCUGUUUUGCUGCAGCAGCGCAGCAGCAGCGCAGAAGCAGCGCAGCAGCAGCAGCGCAGCAGAAAGCUGCAAGAGUUUAGAUGUGGGCACUCCCACUUUGAACACAAUUAAGAAGCAAAUCCACGAUGAAGACUUCCUGGAUGUGGGAGAAGUUCCCACAGAAAGGCCCCGAGCCAGCAGCAGCACACUGCAGGUUCCUGGUGCUGCUGCUGCUGCUGCUACUCCCGGCGGCCGCAUGGCCAGGCGCCGCUCCUCCACGCGACAACGCCAAAGCAUCGACGCCAACACAAUUGCGGAAGAAGGACUUCCCCCAGGUUACAAAGGGCCUCAUUUGCGGUGGCCUAUAACUCGGGAGUUUGCACUCGACCUCAUCGACCACUUCCGCGACCACUCCGACGUCCCGCUGCCCCGCAAAUAUGCCCUCGAGCUGGUGAUGGCCGUCGAAGAACAUUACAAACAAACCAUGAAGGGCGCAGUCGCCGAAGUGGAAAUCCCAAAGAAACCCGGAGGCCGUUUAGUGCUCGUCGGCGACACCCAUGGGCAGCUCAAUGACGUUCUUUGGAUUUUGUACAAGUUCGGCCCGCCUUCGGCCACAAAUGUGUACUUGUUCAACGGGGACAUAGCGGACCGGGGCCGGAGUUCGGUGGAGAUAUUUCUGCUGCUGUUUGCGUUCAAGCUGCAGUGCGCGAGCUCGGUGAUAAUAAACCGGGGCAACCACGAAAGCGCAGACAUGAACGAAGUGUACGGGUUCGCGCAGGAAGUGCGGCAGAAGUACGGGGGGCUGCUGUACCAGAAGUUCCAAGACAUCUUCCACCUGCUGCCGCUGUGCGUGGUGCUCGAGAAGCGCGUCUUCAUCGUGCACGGCGGACUCUGCCGCAAAGACAACAUCACUCUCCACCACAUCGACAAGCUCCACCGCCAGCGGCCCUGUCCAGCUUCGCCGCACACUUUCGAAGACACUCUCAUGUUCGACUUGCUGUGGUCCGACCCGCAGCCGGACCGGGGCCGCGGCUGGAGCACGCGCGGCGCGGACUGCAUAGCCUUCGGCCCCGACGUCACUGACGCCUUCCUCACCAAGAACAACUUGGAGGUUUGCAUCCGCUCCCACCAGGUGCCGACGAACCUGCGCGGGUUCGAGCCCGUGCACGACGGGCGCUGCGUGACUCUGUUCUCGGCGUCGAACUACUGCGGGACAACAGGGAACUACGGAGGAGUUAUUAUAUUUGAAGCGAACUUGUCGUUUGAAAUUCAAGAGUACAUGGCGCCUUCUUUGCAGGAGAUCCAGCAGCUGCACCGCGAGACCUGCGCAGCAACUCAGAAGGUGCUGCUGCAGAAGAAGAUGAAGGAACUCGAAACCCAAGCCAAACGCGCCAACAGACGCUCCGCUGCUGCGAGAAUGAGUCAGGAAAUAGUGCAGAAAAUGUGCAAGAUGGUCUGCGAAAAAAAGCAAGACCUUUGGUGGUGUUUCUUCAACAUGGACUCCGACGGCUCCGGCAAGAUCACGCCCGCGCAAUGGAGAGAAGCCUGCUCAAUCGUGCUGGGCCAGGAGCUGCCGUGGGUGAAUAUAAUGAAGUGUUUGAAAGCAGUCAGCAAAGACGGACUAGUCCAUUACAACGACUUCUUGUACCGCUACAAAGUGGACUUCAGGCCGCCCAUUUGCAAGCACUUGAACUGGCGGCAAGAAUGCGUGGCGCGGGUCUUUGAGUCCAUCAUGAGCGCUGACCUCAGCCUGAAAGAAACUCUGAUGCUCUUCGACCGAAACUGCGACGGCACAGUUUCUUUCCGGGAGUUCAACGAGCUCCUUUCGGACCUCGACAUAGGCCUCAGCGAGCCGCAAGUCCGGAUUCUGAUGCGCCUUAUUACGGCAAGUCCGGCGUUCAACGCAGCAGCAGGCAGCAUCGACGUGGCGGAGUUCCUGGGGCGUUUCAAAGUGGUCUAUUCCAAUUCAAUUAAGGAAGAGUGA